GUCAAGUCUUCCACCCAUUUCCUACAAAGCGUCUUAUCGCUGCUUCGAAUUUCUUACUUGAAUACCGUAUUCCCCGUUUGGAUUUGUUUGUGUAUUGCCAGUAGGCAGAGUCAGCACGCCGCUGUACCAGAUCCCGCGAGCUCUCUAAUGUCAGAUUUCGGUCAUUCUUCCAAUCCCACUGGAAGGAGCCCUAUGGCUCCGCCUUCUCCUUCACCUCAACGCACCUUUACUCAGCGCGAUGCUCCUCAACCGGGAUCCUUUCAAGUUCACCAACCACCAUCGACCGCUAUCAACGACGCAUCCAUCAAUAAGGACCUCAAUACUAUACCGGAAAGUGCGAGGUCCCACAAAUUAUGCAUACGCUGCCCAAGUUACCCAAAUGAAACGUACUUUGUGGACGUCAUGCCCGAGUGGAAUAUUGCUCAGCUUAAGGGCAUGAUGUCUGAACAGUUUCCAGGACAACCCGGAGUGGACGAGAUGAGACUCAUACAUGCUGGAAAGCUGCUAGGGGACGAGAUGGUAGUACGAGAGAUACUGAAUAGUUCAAGUCUCCCGACUCCUCCAACGGUUCACCUCGUCAUCAAGAGUGGAUCCGUAUCUUUGGAUGCCUCGUCACCUGCGAGACCUAGCACUGCCAUAUCACCUUCGCCAGAGGAUCUGCACUCAGGCUUGCGUCAACGUAAGACGGGUUUAGCAAGGUCAGAUGAGACAGGAGAAGGCCAAGCAUCCGCGACACCUACUGCGGCACCCCCCAUAUCUACUCCACCCGCCACUACUCACUUUGUUCCAAACGCCCCUGCUGGACAACCCUUCAUGCACCUUGCGGUUCCAUAUCAAAUUGUCAUGAUCAACGGAAUACCAUAUGCCAUGCACCCGACGGUGUUUCCACAACCAUACCAACCCCAGGCCGGGCAACCGCACCUUGCAGCCCCGCAACAGUACGCACCGCCGCCAAACUUGCCGGCAGAGGCGGCCGCUCCGGUUCCUGCUCCUGCACCGGUACAACCCGCAGCGCCCGUACUUAAUGCUGCGCCUGGUGCCAUCGGUGGUAAUGUGGAUGACGAAUUUGGGGAUCGGCAACGUAAUGCGCCACAAAAUCCAUUUUGGCUCCUUGUGAAACUCACAUUUUUGGUCUAUAUCUUCUCACAUAAUUCGAGCUUGACAAAGAUUAUUCUCAUGAAUCUUGUCGCGCUGGUCAUCUUCCUAGUCCAAACCGGCCGACUGAGACUAAUACGGAGACAUGAACUUGAAGCUAUGGGUUAUAAUAUUGGACAAGCAUACGCGAAUCCUAAUGAUGGGCAAGCGGAAGGUGGAGAAACUGACGUACCCUCAGAGGCACAGCAACCUUCGCAGCGGUCUUUGUGGACGGACGUCAAGGAUAUUGCAUACAUGUUUUUCACGUCCCUCGUCCCCGAGAAUCACGAAGGGGUUUAGAUCUGUUCGAAACUAGUUAGCCUCAUGCGCUUGCUCUUUGUGUCUAUACCGCAAUUAUUGUGUUUUCCUUAGAAGGUGCAAUUGUACUAUAUAUAUUGUAACAAGUUUCAUGUCUCUCGAAUCUAAAUUCUGAAAGUUCCA